UUUGACAGCACGCACGGAGCCGACCGCGAGCUGAGCGUCGGAGCGUCCCGGGACCGAGGCGUCCAUCCUGGAUACAGCAUCUGGAAAUGCUCCGGAGAGCAGCCUCGGAGUCUGGUGAGUGAGGGGUUGUUCCUGCCGGGUGCGCCUUGAUCUCCACCAUGGCAGGGGAUCUCUUCAGCCCCCCGUCCCCAUUUGGGGAUUCCCUGCUGGACAGUCCGCUGUGUGGAGACCUGAUGGAGGAUCUUCAUGACAUCUCGCAGUCUAUAGGAGAUGAUGGGCUGGGAUUUGAUUUCCCAGUGUACCAGAGCACUGGCUCGGGGUCGGAGAGCUCCAUCGGAUUGGACACCUUGACCCCGGCCUCUAGUCCGUCAUCAUGGGUGUGUGUAGCAGCGCCAGGCUCAGAAGAGAGCUUCAGCCCCCUCAACCUGGAGUGCCGGGUGUGCUCAGACAAGGCCUCAGGCUUCCACUACGGGGUGCACGCCUGCGAGGGCUGCAAGGGUUUCUUCAGGAGGACCAUCAGGCUGAAACUGGAGUAUGACAAGUGUGAACGCAACUGUAAAAUCCAAAAGAAGAACCGCAACAAGUGCCAGUACUGCCGAUUCCACAAGUGCCUCUCUGUGGGCAUGUCCCACAACGCCAUCCGGUUUGGUCGGAUGCCUCAGGCGGAGAAGCUAAAGCUAAAAGCAGAAAGCAAGAUGGUGGAGAAAGAGGUGGCAAGCCCCAUGCAGGCCGACCACAAGAUUCUUGUCGGGCAGAUCCACGAAGCCUACAUGAAGAACUUCAACAUGAACAAGGCGAAAGCUCGGCUCAUACUCACUGGAAAAACCAGCAAGCCGCCUUUCAUCAUCCAUGACAUGGAGACGUUCCAGCUGGCAGAGAGGACGUUAGCGGCCCAUAUGGUGAACGGUGACAGUCCGGAGCCCGAGAGCCGCCUUCAAGCUGGGGAGCUGGUUCCGGUGGCAGGGUGCAGGGAGCUCCAGCAGAGGGAAGCUGAAGCCAGGCUCUUCCACUGCUGCCAGAGCACCUCGGUGGAGACGGUCACGGAGCUGACGGAGUUCGCCAAGGCUGUGCCAGGUUUCCAGAGUCUGGAUCUUAAUGAUCAGGUGACUCUCUUGAAGUACGGCGUUUAUGAAGCCCUCUUCACCCUCCUGGCCUCCUGCAUGAACAAAGACGGCCUCCUGGUGGCUCGCGGUGGAGGCUUUAUCACACGCGAGUUCCUCAAGAGCCUCCGGCGGCCUUUCAGCGAAAUGAUGGAGCCCAAAUUCCAGUUUGCCACACGCUUCAACUCCCUAGAGCUGGAUGACAGCGACCUGGCCCUUUUUGUUGCAGCCAUUAUCUGCUGCGGAGAUCGCCCAGGCCUGGUGGAUGUGCCUCUAGUUGAACGGCUGCAGGAAAGCAUCGUUCAGGCGCUACGGCUCCACCUGCUGGCUAACCACCCGGACGACAACUUCCUCUUCCCCAGACUGCUGCAGAAACUGGCCGACCUUCGGGAGCUGGUCACCGAGCAUGCUCAGUUGGUGCAGGAAAUCAAGACGACAGAGGACGCAUCCUUGCACCCGCUCCUGCAAGAGAUAUACAGGGACAUGUACUGAAAAAAGAGCACAUGGUCAUAAACAGGGACAUUUAUUCAAAUAUUUACGUAUGUCACUCAGAAGUGGGUGUGCGUAAAUAUUAACU